AUGGCUUCAAACAUUCCGAUCGAUUUGAACGGACCUCCUUACGACGUAGAAGAUGCAGCCCUGAGAUCCUCACAGAACAUUAUAAUUGACCGAAAUGUCGACGAUAGCCUAGAAAUUGGAUACCCUGUUAUCGAGCUCGACUUAAAUCAAUUUUUUGAAGAUGAUAACGAAGCUAGGUCCGAUUCAUCUGUGGAAGAGGAUGUUGGCCAGCAAGCUAAUGGUGGAGAAGGAAAUACAGACAUAGAAGGGGUAGUUCAAGGGCACGUAAUAUCGAGUGGACAAGAGAUUUUCAAUGAGUUUGACGACGUCAAUGGUGAAGCAGUGGAAACAAGAUAA